GCCGCUCUUCAGCCGACUUCAGCCGCCCUGCAAGCGCUUCAGUGUGCUCUACAAGAGCGUCAGUCGGUCUCACUCUGCUCUACAAGAGCCUCAGCCGCUCUCAGUCUGCUCUACAAGAGCCGCAGCCGCUCUCAGUUUGCUCUACAAGAGCCCAAGCCGCCUUCAGUCUGCCCGACGAGCGCGGCAAUCUCUUUCGGUCUGCCCUUCAACUGUGCUCGGCGUGAUCUUCGGUCAACGUCUCCAGCUUCUUCCGUCCACACAGCAUGGAUUUCUCGGUCCAAGAGAUGUUUGCUGAGCUGCAGGACUUCGAACAGAGUCUGAAAAUGUCGGAGCUGAUGGGUGAAAGGACUGAGGACAUGUCGUCGCUUCUGCCGAGUCCUGGGUAUGGGACCAUCGACUGCGAUCUUCUGUCUGCGUUCAAAGUGGAUCCAGUGGAGGUGGCGCAUACCCCGCAUGCCAGACCUUCCCCCGCUACUGUCACCCCCACCGGGGGCAGCCGAGCCCCCACCAGCCCCGUUCGGCGCCCCAGUGGUGACCAUCGCAGCAGCUCGAGCUGGAGUCUCAGCUCCCUGAUGCACACCGCUCAACUGAGGUCGCUGAAGGCCCGGGUGCCGCCGAGGUUGCCUCGCAUCAGGAUCAGCCGCUCGGGACCUACCUGGUCUUCUACUGUGGUAUUCUGAAGAGAUCGUUCUUCCCUUGCAAAGAGCUGGGCUGCAGUGUGGGAUCAUACGAGCCAGCGUGGGGCCACUGAGAUGGUGUGAGG